UGGGUGUUCUGUAGAUGGGCCUGCGGAUCUGUUUCCCUGGCCUCCUGCUUUUCCCUGGGGUUUUUUAAUGAACAAUUGUGCAUCUGUUCCAGUCCCCUCUCUGCUGCCAGUGCUCACUCCUAGUUUCCUUAGGCAGUUUUAGCAAAACCUUCAGUGUGAGAUGGACUGUGAAGUACUAGCCAAGAAAGCAGCUGGAAAACCCCCAGAUUUGGCUAUUAUGUGCUGGAAUCCCAACCCCUUUCCGCUUUCAUGACAUGCAUAGAAAUUCAGAUCCCCUUGAGAAGUCUUCAGGUUUGGAAAAGCACUACCUGCUUCUACAGUUUUGGAUUUGAACCCCGUUCUGGACAACAAAUGACAAGGAGUAGCUCUAUUCUGUCCAGCUAACGCUAGUUAGAAUUUUUUUAAAGCAGUGGAGUCAGUUCCUUGGAUUGGAUUCAAGGUUUUUGCUCUGGGGAGGAAUUGAGUCUGCAGUAGGAAGGCAAAGAUGUCCAAGCGAAGCCUGGCCUGUAUGUGCCCCAAGAACAAAGAUGAAGACUGAUUAACUCGGACUCAAGUUCUCAGUCGCUGAGUGGGUGGUGAAUGUCCUGUCACCCUCGCCCUCAGGCUGCUUUGAACAACGCCUUGGCAGCUUGAAUUUUUGUCCCAGUCAUACCACAAUCAAGUAAACAGCCACCUGCUUGCCACCUGAGGAGGUGUAAGGGCUGUGUGGGCAUGAAGAGAGAGGGCCCAUAACAAAAGAGGAUUGUAAACCAACCCUUCCUGCAACUCAGCAGUGAUCUGGCCUGUCUUGGCAUCCAGAGAAGGUGGGAGGUUCCUUACUAAAAGCAGCUGUGACACCCGCAGCCGCCGCGGGCCCUGUCGCCUCUGCGCUGAGCCCGGGACGCAGCCGCCUCGGCCGAGAAUGUCCGCUCAGGACUCGAGUCAUUCCGUGGCCCCCUCCUCCUCGCCGCCUAGUGUCACAGCAAAACUCAUCAAUGGAGGUGUGGCAGGGCUUGUUGGGGUGACCUGUGUGUUCCCCAUCGACUUGGCCAAGACUCGGCUGCAGAACCAGCAUGGAAAAGACAUCUACAAAGGAAUGAUGGACUGCCUGAUGAAAACUGCCAGGGCAGAGGGCUUCUUGGGCAUGUACCGAGGGGCUGCAGUGAACUUAACCUUGGUCACUCCAGAGAAGGCGAUCAAGCUGGCAGCCAAUGAUUUCUUUCGGCAGCUGCUAAUGGAGGAUGAGCUGCAGCGGAAUCUGAAGAUGGAGAUGCUGGCCGGAUGUGGAGCUGGAAUGUGCCAGGUGGUGGUUACCUGUCCCAUGGAAAUGCUCAAGAUUCAGCUGCAGGAUGCUGGGCGCUUGGCAGUUUGUCAGGGCUCGGCCUCAGCACCUUCCUCCUCCAGCUCCUACACUGCAGGUUCGGCUUCCACCCACAAGCGCCCGUCUGCCACCCUUAUUGCCUGGGAGCUACUCUGCACCCAGGGCCUGGCUGGUCUCUACAAGGGUCUGGGUGCCACUCUCCUCAGAGACAUUCCCUUCUCCAUCAUCUACUUCCCACUGUUUGCAAAUCUGAACAACCUUGGUUUCAACGAGAGGACUGGGAAGGCUUCCUUUGCUCAUUCCUUUAUGUCAGGCUGCGUUGCAGGUUCUGUAGCUGCUGUUGCAGUAACGCCUCUGGAUGUUUUGAAAACUCGAAUCCAAACACUGAAAAAAGGCCUAGGAGAGGACACCUACAGUGGGAUCACCAACUGCGCCAGGAAACUUUGGAUUCAGGAGGGACCAUCUGCCUUCAUGAAGGGAGCAGGCUGCCGGGCCCUCGUCAUCGCCCCUCUCUUCGGGAUUGCCCAAGGGGUCUACUUCAUUGGUAUUGGGGAGCGGAUCUUAAAGUGUUUUGAGUAGAGGUGGCGGGAGCCCAGGCCCCUUGCUGCCAGAGCCUGUUCUACUCAGAGGGUCGAGCAGGAUGGCCCAUUCCUACUUUGUCCUCGUAGUGCUACCUCAGCCUCUGAAGAAACACUCUCACCCUAACAAGCGAGCUGGGUCUGGUCCCACAGCCCUUCGUGGUAUCCACGUUCAUUUUCUUUGAGGCCACAGCUCCCUGGGAGCCUCAGAAGCCUCCAGCUGCCUGCUUGUCACCAACAAAAAUAGUCCAUGGGUGGUUUGUAUUAACUGUAGGUCCUUAACACGUAGUAAAGAUAGAAGGGCUGUUCUACAUUUUGCAUUUUUACUUCACACUCAAACUCUACAUACUUGUGGUUUGAGGAUUUAGUUUUUUGUUAAUUCUGAGUUAAAUAACUUAGUUCUUGCACUGAUUUUGGGGAAAAGGAGGCUCAGAAGUUCAAGGGGACCAUGAAAGCCCUGAGUCAGUACCUGGUCUGAAGCCAAACAAAUCUUUUCAAAUUGAGGAUGGCUGCUGGGGGUCUAAGUGAUGGUCUGGGCCAAGUCAAGGCCACUCCCGGCCCCGCCCCUCCCACUGCAGCAUGGCUCGCACAGAACGUCCACGCAGCACGGUUUUAAAUAAAAUGGAUUUUAAAAU